UCCAUCCAUUCACUCCCUGUCCCCUCCUUGCUUAGCUUUCUUCCUCCUUGGUAGCUCUAGUCUCCUUGUUGUGGGUAGCCAUGGCGGCCCCGAUGUUGAACCAGUUCAAUACCCUCGUGGCCAACAUGUUCGCUGCGGGUUUGCUGGACGAUCAGUUCCAGGAGCUGCAGAUGCUCCAGGAAGGAAGCGCCCCAGACUUCAUCGACAAGGUUGUCACGCUCUUCUGCGAGGAUGGCGAGCGUAUCAUCGGCGAGAUCGCCAAGCUGCUGGACAAGCCCUGUGUGGACUAUUACAAGGUGAGCCGUUUUGUGCUUGAACUCAAGGGAAGCAGUGCAUGUAUUGGUGCUCAGAGAGUGAAGAACAGUUGCAUUCAGUUCCAUCAGUGUUGUCAGGAGAAGAGCAGAGAUGGGUGCCUGAACUCACUGGAUUCUGUGAGGAAUGAUUUCUAUGAUGUGUGCAGCAUGUUCAAUCCACAUGCUUCAGCAGGUCCAAGCCUUCAUCCUAAACUGUAGACUUGAGCGAUAAAGCUGGAACUGCAUGUUUCUGAUGGUACAACACCUUUGAAGUCGUGGAACCAUGCUCAACCUAGCUUAUAUAGCUUGGAGUCAUUUGCUUAUGUGGGGUCUGUAGCUGCCUAGCGGCAAGCUAAUCAUCUACCAGUAUCGAUGUCUUUGUUAUUGUUCGCACUUUCAUUUGGAAUUCUCAGUGGUCAAAUUAAAAAUUCAGCUGUGGUUGUUCUGUGGAUUAUUGGUGGUUAAUCUGGUGCCUUAUUUCUCGUCA